AGGGCGCUCGGGGGGGUCAGAGGUCGGAAGGAAGGGCUGCUAGACGGAAUUAGGGGACCCCGCAGCCCUAGUUCGAGCCCUCUCUAGAGGCCGGGUACUUCCUCUUGCGCCGGGGACUUUCAGUUUCAUUUCUUUCCGCCCUCCAGUCCGGGCCCCUUCCGGACGGCCAGCUCAGUCCCUGCAGCUGCGGCCGCCGCCGCCGCCACGAUGACCAAAAAGUUCAGCCGCGCCAAGCUCCGAGAGACCGGCCAGAGAUUCCGGAGUUUCCUGGCUGCUCGGGGACAGGACCAAGAAACCAACCGCGAGUUGCUGCGGGAUCUGUACAACGAAGACUUCAAGAACAGUCUCAGGUCCUCUGGCAGCCAUGGAGAGCACGAGGACUUUGAGGAUCCUGUGCCUACCUUCUCCUCCAUGCUCUAUGGAAUGCGCUUUUAUGGUCAAGCUAAGGUCUCCAAGGAUAAGGUCAAGUUUUGCAAAGUGAAUCACAAGAAGAAGAAAGUGAAGCAGGAAAUCAGGUUGAUGGGUUUUAGGGAGAUCAAACCUCCAGGAUCCAAGAAGACCAAGUCUCAGCUGACAAAGAUCUUCCAAAAUAGGGCCGAGUAUAUCCGUGGGAAAUACGGUGUGGACGUGGAGGCUGAGGGAGGCUAUAAGACCCGAGAUGGCCAGCUUGUUAUCCGCCUGGAUUUGGACCAGAAGGUGAUCGUGACCCUGAGGCUUCAGAAUGGGGGAAGCUAUCCCGUCACCCUGCUCCGCAUCCUUCCACUCUGCCGGGUCCCCCAGUUACGUUUCGAGUCAGAAACUGAAGAAGAUGGGCCGAUCACUCUAAACCCCGGUGACUUCCAUGAGCUCCAUGUCCACUGUCUGACCAGAUAUGUGGGCUACUUUCCUGCAACUGUGCUGUGGGAGCUGCAGGGACCUUUGGGAUCAAGGAUAGAGGAGCCAGGAAUCUUCCACAUUGCACGAUUCCUGGCCGUCUUGGCCCGAAGUCCCCUGGCCAAAUUGCUGGAGCCCACAGCUCCCUACCAGCGCAACCGACUUCCACUGUAUCCUGCUUUAACCAGCCGGGUGGAAGAUGGGGAGAGACCAGACAGGGGUCUGGGGUACGACCUGGAGAUGACUUUGAGCCUUCCAAAGUACCACUACCCAGCCAAACUAAAGCAGCUGCUUCCACAACUCCUGAAAUCCCCCAGUUUCGGCACUCACAGUGAUGUGGCUAAGAUCCAAAGCCAGCUGAAGACUCCACUAAGUUGGAGGAAUUAUGAGGAGAAGUUUCGGCUGCUUUUACACCUAGAAGAGCUUCAGAUGGAGCAAGACAUCCGCCACUAUGACUUGGAGUCUGUCCCCAUGAUCUGGGACCCAAAGGACCGAAACCCCCCGCUCCUCACCUUAGAGGUUCCUGGAGUUGCUGAGAACCGUCCCUCUGUGCUUCGAGGGGACCACCUAUUUGCCAUCCCAACCUCAGAUCAGGGCCAGGAUGCCGUCACUUACAGGGGCUUUGUACAUCGGGUAGAGUUGGAUAGGGUCAAGCUGAGCUUUGCCCCAGGACUCCUGAACCGUUUUGUGAAUGGGAUGACCUUCAAGGUGACCUUCACCUUCAACAGGCAGCCCCUUCGGGUCCAGCAUCGGGCUCUGGGAUUGGCCAGGCAGAAUGCGCUCGAGCCGCUGCUGUUUCCUUCUUAUCCCCGUGCCGCCCCUCUUCUGCCUCCCAAUUUGCAGCUUUCGUUGUAUGAUCGGAGUCUAGAGUCCAACCCUGAACAGAUGCAAGCUGUGAGGCACAUUGUUCUGGGCACUUCGCGUCCCUGUCCCUACAUCAUCUUUGGGCCUCCGGGGACUGGAAAGACUGUCACCUUGGUGGAGACGAUUAAGCAGGUGGUGAAGCUCCUGCCAAAUGCCCAUGUCCUGGCCUGUGCCCCAUCCAACUCAGCAGCUGACCUGCUAUGUAAGAAUCUCCGAACCCAUCUGCCCAGUUCCAUCUACCGCCUCCUGGCCCCCAGUAGGGACAUCCACUUUGUUCCUGAGGAUAUCAAGCCCUGCUGUAACUGGGACCCACAGAAGGGGAUUUACGUCUAUCCUGCCAAGAAGAAGCUGCAGACAUACCGUGUCCUCAUCACCACCCUGAUCACUGCAGCCAGGCUGGUCUCUGCCGAGUUCCCUCCCGGUCACUUCACUCACGUGUUCAUCGAUGAGGCUGGCCAUGCCGUGGAACCAGAGGGCCUUGUGGCCGUGGCAGGGUUACUGGAUGUCAGAGACUCCAUUGAUCCGGGUGGACAACUCGUCCUGGCUGGAGAUCCGCAGCAGUUGGGUCCUGUGCUACGUUCUUCCCUUGCCCAGAAACAUGGGCUGGGUGUUUCUCUGCUGGAGCGGCUCCUGAAUCACAACCCUCUGUACCAGAAGGGCCCCGAGGGCUAUAAUCCCCGCCUGGUCACCAAGUUAUUGCGCAAUUACAGGUCUCACCCUCACAUCUUAUUCGUCCCUAACAACCGGUACUAUGAGGGGGAACUCCUGGCCCACGCAGAUCCGAUGGACAGCGAACGAUACUGUCACUGGGAGGAGCUCCCUCACAAGGGCUUCCCAAUCAUCUUUCAUGGUGUGAUGGGCAAGGAUGACCGUGAAGGAAAUAGCCCAUCUUUCUUCAACUCAGAGGAGGCAGCUACAGUCGUUUUCUACCUGAAGAAACUUCUGACCCCACUCCCUAAGAAAGGCCAAGGCCGGCUGAGCCCCCAGAAUGUGGGAGUUAUCUCCCCCUACAGGAAACAGGUGGAGAAAAUCUACCAGUGUAUAACCAAGCUGGAUAAAGAUCUCAAGAGCCUGGACAACAUCAAAGAUUUGAAGGUGGGCUCUGUGGAAGAGUUCCAAGGCCAAGAGCGGAGUGUUCUUCUUGUGUCCACCGUCCGCAGCAGUCAGAGUUUUGUCCAGAUGGAUUCCGAUUUUAAUCUGGGCUUUCUCCGAAACCCCAAGAGAUUCAAUGUGGCGGUGACCCGAGCCAAGGCGCUCCUUAUUAUCGUGGGGAAUCCUUUGCUUCUCUACCAGGAUCCUGAAUGGAACACGUUUCUGAGGUUCUGUAAAGAAAACGGGGGCUACACCGGGUGCCCCUUCCCCGACCUGGAACCGGAGCAGAUGCUGACCCAGCAGCUGAGCAGCCUGAGCCUGGGCUCCCCUACCUCAGAGCCUCCCCCUCACCACCGGGCCCCCCUGGCCAGUGGCCUUCAGGAGCAAGUGGAGCCCCCCUGGAGGAAUGAGCUUUAAGGAGCCCCUCACCUAGCCCAGCCUGGAAGAGCCAUCGGGGCAGGAGAGCAGGGAGAGAGAAGGGGGACGUUUACAAAGCCGCCAUUGCCGCCCUCUCCUCCCUGCUGGAGGUGCCGGCUGCAGGGGCACCAGAAGAGGACUCUGCAAACAAUAAAAUGUGUUCUAAGCCACGA